AUGUUCCAUGCAGCUCCCAAGACUUCCAAUGUGAAGGGUCACUUAUUCCUCAAGGCCUAUAACGGGGAACAUAAAUGUUGUGCUGGUGAUAGUGAUGGAACAAAGGAUGAUCCGGUUACGCGCGAACUUAUCAAGAGUUUGAUAUUUAAGCAGAUUGAACAGAAUCCCAACAAGAAAGCCAGGGAUAUUGUUAGAGAACUCAAAAGUGAUUAUGGGUUGGAAGUGAGCUACGAUCAGGCGCAUGCCGGGAAAGAAUUAUGUUUCAAGGAAUUAUAUGGCGAGGACAUUAAAUCAUACACUGACUUGAGAUGGUGGUGUGAAGCCGUGAAGAAACACGAUCCAGGUAGUAGGGCUGAUUUAGUUGUUGAAGGUGGCGAGUUUAAGAGUUUGUUCUUAGCCUUCGAUGCUUGCAUCUCUGGUUUCGAAUAUUGUCGCCCGGUACUGUUCUUGGAUGCAACUUUCCUAACUGGAAAAUUUAGGGGUUGUCUUAUGGCGGCUACCGGGAAGAAUGUGAAUAAUGGAAUAUUUCCUCUGGCAUAUGGUAUCGUAUCAGCUGAAACUGUUGAGAAUUGGCAUUGGUUCUUGAAGAAACUAGAAUCUAUCUUGGGUCCUCGUGUACUAACUUUUAUUUCGGAUCGCCAUGAGGGUUUGAUCCAAGGGAUUCGUGAUGUUUUCCCAACUUUCUAUCAUGCUUGGUGUUACCAGCAUUUGAAGAAUAAUGUCCGCAGUAAGACCAACAAGAAAAAGGGAGAGCAUUGUGUUGCGAUGGGUUUGUUCAAAGAAUGUUUCUAUUCAUCGACUCAUGAAGGAUUUGAUCAGGGUAUGAAAAAGUUGAAGGAUAUGGAAUGUGAUGGUCUUCACAAAUUCUUGAGUGAGAUUCCAGUGGAAUGUUGGUCCAAUGCACAUUGUCUGGGUUGUCGUUACGGUGACAUGUGUUCAAACAUUGCAGAGUCCUUUAACUCUUAG